GAAAAUGCAACCAGUAAACUUUCUUCUCUCCAACCAUCUAUAGGUGUAUCGCAAUGAAGUUUACGAUACUAGCAACCUCGCUGGCCGUGGUAUGUACGGCGGCACUAGCACUUGAAACCAGAUCCAGCAGUCGGACAGCGGCGUCCUCGUCAACAUCCAACGAGGGCAAACUAGAUCAGACCCCGGCCGAAGACCGCCAGUGGAAGAUCGAGAAGCGUCCCAAGGCCGGCAAGAAGAUCCACAUCUUCCUGGGCAGCAAAACGGGCUCCAAAACAAAAAAGGGCAAGAAACCGACCGCCGAAGACAGUGACGGAGCGGAAACGCAAACACGCAAAACUCCCGAACUGACGACCCGCUCGGACAAGUCCGAUGAUCUAGCGGCAGCGGCAACUUCAGACGCCCCGGACGCGGCCGUUGGUGCCAGUGAGCAUUACGCGGUUCCGGAGGAGCACCACCAGAUCAUCAAGGAGAAGAUCAAGAUCAAGCACCAUCAUCACCAUCACCACCACAACCACGUGAAAACGGUUGUCAAGAAGGAGCCAUACCCCGUCGAAAAGGUUGUUCAAGUUCCCGUUGAGAAGAUCGUUCACGUUCCAAAACCAUAUCCGGUAGAGAAGGUCGUGGAGAAGGUCGUUCAUGUCCCGGUUGAAAAAAUCGUCCACGUCCCGAAACCGUAUCCGGUAGAGAAGAUCGUCGAGAAAAUCGUCCAUGUCCCUAAACCAUAUCCGGUCGAGAAGAUCGUCGAAAAGCCCGUUCAUAUCGCGAAACCGUAUCCGGUUGAGGUGAAGGUCCCUUAUCCAGUAGAGAAGAUCGUUCACGUGGAUAAGCCAUAUCCGGUCGAGAAGAUCGUUGAGAAAAUUGUACAUGUACCGAAGCCCUAUCCGGUAUACCAGAAAGUCGCAGUUCCUUACGAGGUAAAGGUUCCUUACGAGGUCCCGAAACCAGUUCCGUACCCAGUUGAGAAAAAAAUCCCGUAUCCAGUUGAGGUAGAGAAAAAAGUCCCAGUGCCCGUCAAGGUCGAAGUUGAAAAGCACGUUCCGUACCCCGUGAAAGUGUUCGUGCCAUACGAGAAAAAGGUACCCGUUCCGGUCAAGUCAUCCAGCAGUUCAACAUUCACUUCGUUCCCCUUCGACAAGGACAUUGGAUACUCGAGCACAAAACUGCAUCCGUUUGAAUCCCAACAGCAUGAGGUGAGGCAUUAUGGCGAUGAAUACUCGAACGGUGAGGAGGGCUACAGGAGAACGACCAAAACCACAUAUAAGAAGAACAAGACCAAGAAAACGAAGAAACAAGAAGAUUACAAGAGCCAACAACACCAACAGCAGCAACAAAAUCAACAACAAAAUCAACAACAACAACAAAGCUACUCAGCGCCGGUGACCGAAGACCACCACGAACAAAACUCAGGAUCGUAUGGAGGUAGCAGCGUCAGCAGCAGCUCCGAGAAUACCCAAGUGCAUCAGAACGGUGGUGCCCACUACUCGCAUACCACGUACUUCACUCAUCCGCCAUCUCCGGCUCAAAGUGGUUACCAGCAACAGCCACAGAAACAACAAGAGCAACAGCAAUACAAUAGUCAGGAAAGUACCAACUACUUCAACCAACAGCUUGUGCAGUACAACCAGCAGCCCAAAUACGGACCGUCGACUUUCCCUCAGCAGAGCGACUACCAGAACCAGGGAUCCAGCAGUGAGGGCCAUUACAGUCAUGUAGACCACUACGGAGCCGGAACUAGCCAGCAGGAAGUGAUCGCCUCACCACCGAACCAGCAACAGAUGUACGACAUGAGCCAGCACCAGCAAGCGAUGCCCCAGUCAUUCACCCUGACCGGACCGACCAACCCGGGAGGUACCCUGCAGCUCGAGGCCCAACCCCAGUCAUUCCAGCUUCUCCAGCUGUCACCAUUCCAGUUCCAGACCCCCACCGGCUUCUCCCUGCCAACCGCCAAGUGAACAACUCCUGCUCGUUAGCCCAAGGGCUCGAGGAAACAAGACUGCUAGAAAGAAAA